GCCACAUCAUGUAUUGUGCCGGGGCCGUGAUGUUGUUGCUGUCGGUGAUGGGGAAGGUGGGUGCUGCUCUGGCCACAAUGCCGGACCCAGCUCUGGCAGGGGCUAUCGUGGUGACCUGCGGAAUGAUGAUCACCCUCGGGCUGUCCACGCUGCAAUACGUCAACAUGAAUUCCUCCAGGAACCUUAUCAUCAUUGGGAUGGCACUGUUUAUUGGUGUGUUCCUGCCAGCGUGGUUAGAAACCUACCCGGAAGACUUCCGUACAGGGGUGAAGGACCUAGAUAAAAUACUGACGCUAAUUCUUGGAACUCCCAUGCUCCUUGGUGGAACCAUUGCCAUAUUGCUGGAUAACACCACGAAAGGAUCAAGGAAAGAUCGGGGGAUUGAUGCCUGGCAAAAUCAUCUGGAUACUGAAGUCCCCAGCACCAGUACAACACAGACGCCGAUGGAGACGUCAUCAGACAAUACCUACGGGUGUUUCUGGCAAGGUAGACUGUAUCAGUACCUGCCCUGCUGUUCUCGACUCCCCUUCAUGCCUCCACGGUCAGGGACGGAUUGUACCCCCACCCUCUUACAGUCGGGUGGGGCAGGGGACAAUCCACUUCUGAAAGACUCUCUAGCGUAG